AUGGACAGGGAUCUGAGUGACGAUGACAGUGUGGUAGACCUCAGCUUUGAAGCCGAGAGUCCUCUGGCGCCCCCGGCAGAACUCCUGGAGACACUGCCCAGCUGUGACUGGGUCCUUCAAGGGGACAGACACCAGAUAUUUUUCCCACCUUCAGAGACUGCAGGGAGACCCCAGGAACAAAGAUGCUGGUCCUCAUUUCUGGAACACAGAGUCCCCGUGGUGACAGAAGAGGUGGCCCGGGAAGCCCUCCUCAGCUUCGUGGACUCCAAGUGCUGUUACGGCAGCGCAGCCGCCGGCGACCUCGUCAUCCUGGAGCUGAAGCAGCAGAACCUGUGUCGGUAUCGAUUGGAGACCUUCAGUGAAUCCCGGAUAAGUGAAUGGACUUUUCAGCCCUUUACCAAUCACUCCGUGGAUGGGCCACAAAGAGGAACCUCCCCCAGGCUCUGGGAUAUCAAGGUCCAGGUUCCCCCAAUGUUUCAGGAAGACACGAGGAGGUUCCAAGUCCCUCACUCAUCACUGGUCAAGGAAUGCCACAAAUGCCACGGGCGUGGACGCUACAAGUGCAGUGGCUGCCACGGGGCUGGCACGGUUCGGUGCUCCUCCUGCAGUGGCGCCAAGCGCAAAGCCAAGUCCGCCCGGCGGUGUCAGAUGUGUUCGGGGUCCGGCAGGCGGAGAUGCAGCACGUGCUCAGGGAGGGGGAACAAGACCUGUGCCACCUGUAAGGGCGAGAAGAAGCUGCUGCACUUCACCCAGCUGGUCAUCGCGUGGAAGAACAGCCUGUUUGAGUUUGUCUCUGAGCCCCAGCUGGACUGCCCUGGGGAGCUGCUUGCUAAAGCCAGAGGAGAGACCCUCUUUAAGGACGAAAACACAACGGUGUAUCCCAUUGUGGACUUCCCCCUGCGGGAGAUCUCUCUGGCCUCCAGGCGCGGCAUCUCAGAACACAGCGCCGCCCUGGCCUCCCGGGCCCGCGUCCUGCAGCAGCGCCAGACCCUGGAGCUGAUCCCCCUCACAGAAGUUCGUUACUGGUACCAAGGAAAGACUGACGUCUACUACAUCUAUGGCACUGACCACCAAGUGUACGUGGUGGAUUACCCCGAGAGGUGCUGCUGUGGCUGCACCAUCCUCUGA